AUGAUUAAUUUCUUAUCUAAAAUUGACAACUUUGGAGCUGAAUUUAAACAUAGAAUCAUUCAUUCAGAAUAGGAACAUAAAUCUAUAAUUGGAGGUAUUUUCACACUUUCAGUCUAUAGUGUAUGUAUGGCUUAUUUUAUUUUUGUUUUGUCGUAAUGGGCCACUGGAUAGAUAAUACCAAAGAUUUUAUUAGAAUCUUCAGUUGCUGCUUUUGAAAAAUUUGAAAUGCCUGAAGAAUUGAUUGAAUUAACAUUUGUACGAUACGAUGAUUAAUAUGUUGAUCCAUUUUCUACAUAAGGUAAUAUACUAAUGCCAAUUGCAAUGAUUUUAGAAAAUAAUAUACCAAUAUCCUAUCAAUCUAUCUUAUCUAAUAAUGAAAUUUCAAAUUAUGGAACUAAUCUAAUUGAAAUGGAAAAAAUGGAAAUUGUUAAAAAUGCACAUAAUGAUAAAUAACAGGAAAGUAGUAGAUACUAUUUUUUAAUAAUAACUACUUGCUAAAAAAAAUAUUUAAAAGGAAAUCAAACUUGCGCUUCUGAUGAAGAUAUAAAAAACUUUUUGAGUAAUUCAUCAACCACUAUUGAGAUUGAAGUUAAAUUAUAAUAAUUUAAUACAAGAAAUAAAGAAUUAUAUGAAGUAGAAAAACAAUUAUAAUUUGUUCUGCAAGAAAGUCUCACUCUCAAAGUAGAUUUAUUAUUUUAAAAUACAAAUACAAUAAUUGAUGAUCAUUUGGUAUUUUCUAAUUCUCAUCCUUUUACUUAUUUUUCUGAUUUUAGUGUUUUGACUUAAACAAUUACAAAAACUCAUUCUGCUUAAAUAAUUAAAGAUAAAGUUUUAGUUGAGAUUGCUUUCAAAGUUGAUCCUAUUGAAAUAAAGUAAUUAGUUACAUAUGUUAAAAUUGGAGAAAUGUUAGCUGAAGUUGGAUCUAUUGCUAGUUUAUUAUUGGCAGCUUCUUGGUUUAUUCAAUAAUUUAAUAGAGAAGAAAUGGAAAAUAAAAUAAUUGACGAAAUAAUUAGUUUUUAUUAUCCUUAGUUUCGAAAUCUUAAGAAAACUAAAAGUUGUAUGGGUAGAACAAUAGAAAUUAAACAUGAAAAAGAUUAAAUUAAUUAAGAAGAAUUUAAAAAGUGGUAUGAAAAGGUUAGGAAAAAUGUGCUACUAAAACUGUCAGUAGUCAACUAAUUGCAUGAAAUUUCAAGAUUAUAUUUUAUUAUGCGAUCUUAAACAACAUAUUAAUAAAUGUUGAAAUAUUAAAAUUAUGGUAUUUAAUUGCCGCAAAAGCUUUUUGAAAAACAUUGUGAUGAAAUUAAUAAUGAAUUACCUUCUAAAGAAAUGAAAAUGGAAGAGUAUGAUCUAGAAUCGUCAAAUAUGAUUACAAGUGUAUUAUGUGAUGAUGAUCUUAAUAUUCUUAAUUAUAAGAGAAUAAACAUUCCGGAUGGUUGA